UUUUCAAAUGGACACACCUGGAUGCAGCAAAAGGAGAUUGGUUUAAUUCUGAUGCAGAAGCUGGAAGUGGAGAAGAAAAGCAUUGCAGGACCGGUAGAAGAGGAGGCCUGUCAGCUUGUGGAGAGCUUUGCACUUGUAAAGGGGAGGCCCCUUGACCCUUUAUCACUCAUCACUAAGUCCGUGUGUAAUGUGGUAUGUGCUGUGGCUUUCGGGCACCGAUUUUCUACCGAAGACAAAAGUUUCCAGUUGCUGACUGAAGCUAUUGACAUUGCCUUAAAACAUGGAGGGAGCUUCGUUUACACACUGCUUAGAAAGUUCCCCUGGGUUAUGAGGCGGCUCCCAGGGCCCCACAAGAAGGCAUUGUCCUCCAGGGAGCUGGUGCUUUCAUUUGUAAAGAGAGAGAUCAAGAAACACAAGGAGAAUCGGGCGGGGUGUUUGCCACAGGAUUUCACUGAUUUCUAUCUGCUUCAGAUGGAGAAAAGCAAAGGGGACUGCAAAUCAACCUACAGUGAAGAGAAGCUGGCAGAGUGUCUUCUCGACCUCCUUGUCGCCGGGACGGAGACAACAGCCACGACUCUGCAAUGGGCACUCCUCCUCAUGGCGACUCAUCAAGAUAUCCAAGAUAAAGUCCACAAGGAGUUGAAAGAUGCCUUGGGUUCCACUCCGUUCGUCUGCUAUCAAGACUGGAAGAAACUGUCCUACACCAAUGCUGUGAUCCAUGAGAUCCAGCGUGCUAAAUAUGCCAUCUUAUUCAGAGUCUUCAGAAAAUUUACAAAGGAUGUGAACAUCUUCGGUUUUCUCAUUCCUAAGGGGACUUCUAUUAACCCUGGUCUGAACUCUGUUCUUCUUGAUCCUAAGUUAUGGGAAACACCUGAAAAAUUCAACCCAAAUCAUUUUUUAGACAAGGCUGGAAAAUUUGUAGCUAGAGAAGAAUUUCUGCUAUUUGGUACAG